GUUUUUUGCUGCCCUUCAAAGGGCGAAUCCCGGCACAGUCGUUGAGUGGGAAUGGCAGGAUGGGGAAAUGGCUCGUCGUUCUCGAGACAGAGAAUUCAAAUUUGUCUUCUGGGCAUUCGGGCCCGCCAUUCGAACCUUCCAUCUUUGCCCGCCGAUUAUUAGCAUCGACAGCACGCACCUGCGAGGUUCGUACAAGGGGAAUGUACUU